UCAUGAGCUAUUUGGGCCUGGCAACCUACUCUAGUUUUGUAGGAGCGGCUAUUUGCUUUCGACCACACCAUUCUCUCCUCGGGUGGAGAUUAAGCAUUCUUUUAGCCAGUAUUGGCAGUGUAUAGACCGGAUAUUCCUGACCGAACGUUGAAAGCAAAGAGUUUCCGCAACUGGGUCACAUUCCCUAUUAUUUCUCGUUCGAGAGUCUUAGAUAUACCUGUAGGUUAUUAGCUAUCUGACUAUGGUAGAUUAUCACGCUUCUAAUAAUCAAGCAUCGUCUGGAGGACCAGCCGUUUACAUGGACCCAAGAGAACAAGAAAAUGAUUGGGACCGGGACCUGCUGCUGGACCCGGCCUGGGAAAAACAGCAAAGAAAGACGUUCACGGCCUGGUGCAACUCCCACCUGAGGAAAGCAGGCACGCAGAUCGAGAACAUCGAGGAGGACUUCAGGGAUGGCCUCAAACUCAUGCUCCUGCUGGAGGUCAUCUCCGGCGAACGGUUACCUAAGCCCGAGAGAGGCAAGAUGAGGGUCCACAAGAUCAACAACGUUAACAAAGCGCUGGACUACAUCGCCAGCAAGGGGGUCAAGCUGGUGUCCAUCGGCGCAGAGGAAAUUGUGGAUGGCAACGCCAAGAUGACCCUGGGUAUGAUCUGGACGAUCAUCCUCCGCUUCGCCAUCCAAGACAUCUCUGUGGAAGAGACCUCUGCCAAGGAGGGCCUGCUCCUGUGGUGCCAGAGGAAGACUGCGCCCUACAAAAACGUCAACGUGCAGAACUUCCACAUCAGCUGGAAGGACGGUCUUGCCUUCAAUGCUCUGAUCCACAGACACAGGCCAGAGCUCAUUGACUAUGACAAGCUAAGGAAGGAUGACCCUUUGACCAACCUGAACAAUGCCUUUGAGGUGGCUGAGAAGUACCUAGACAUCCCCAAGAUGAUGGACGCAGAAGACAUUGUGAACACUGCCCGUCCGGAUGAGAAAGCCAUAAUGACCUAUGUGUCCAGUUUCUACCAUGCCUUCUCUGGAGCCCAGAAGGCUGAGACUGCAGCCAAUAGGAUCUGCAAGGUGCUGGCUGUCAACCAGGAGAAUGAGCACCUGAUGGAGGACUAUGAGAAGCUGGCCAGUGACCUGUUGGAGUGGAUCCGCCGGACCAUCCCGUGGCUGGAGAACCGGGCUCCAGAGAAGACCAUGGCCGAGAUGCAGCAGAAGCUGGAGGACUUCCGGGGCUACCGCCGCGUCCACAAGCCCCCCAAGGUGCAGGAGAAGUGUCAGCUGGAGAUCAACUUCAACACCCUGCAGACCAAGCUGAGGCUGAGCAACAGGCCCGCCUUCAUGCCCUCCGAGGGACGCAUGGUGUCGGAUAUCAACGGGUCAUGGCACAACCUGGAGGGGGCGGAGAAGGGCUACGAGGAGUGGAUGCUCAACGAGAUCCGUCGCUUGGAGAGACUCGACCACCUGGCUGAGAAGUUCCGUCAGAAAGCCACUAUCCACGAGUCCUGGACCGAUGGUAAGGAGGCCAUGCUGACCCAGAAGGACUAUGAGACAGCCAGCCUGUCGGAGGUCAAGGCUCUGCUGAGGAAACACGAGGCGUUUGAGUCUGACCUGGCCGCCCACCAAGACCGCGUGGAGCAGAUCGCUGCCAUCGCACAGGAACUCAAUGAGCUGGACUACUACGACUCCCCUAGUGUGAAUGCCCGCUGUCAGAAGAUCUGUGAGCAGUGGGACGCCCUGGGGUCUCUCACCCAGAGCCGCAGGGAGUCUCUGGAGAGGACAGAGAAGCAGCUGGAGUCCAUUGACGAGCUGUACCUGGAGUACGCCAAGAGGGCGGCACCCUUCAACAACUGGAUGGAGGGGGCCAUGGAGGACCUGCAGGACAUGUUCAUCGUUCACAACAUCGAAGAGAUCCAGGGCCUAAUCACAGCCCAUGAGCAGUUUAAGUCUACCCUCCCAGAGGCCAACAAGGAGCGGGAGGCCAUCCAGGCCAUUCAGGCCGAGGUGCAGAAGAUUGCCCAGUACAACGGCAUCAAGCUGAGCGGGGGCAACCCCUACACCACCAUCACACCCAAGAGUAUCGACGACAAGUGGCACAAGGUGGAACAGCUGGUGCCCCAGCGUGACCGGGCCCUGCAGGAGGAGCUGGCCAAGCAGCAGUCUAACGACCACCUGCGCCGCAAGUUUGCCACCCAGGCCAACAUCGUCGGGCCCUGGAUACAGACCAAAAUGGAGGAGAUUGGGCGGAUAUCCAUUGAGAUGAAUGGAACUCUGGAGGACCAGCUGGUGAACCUGAGAGAGUAUGAGCAGAGCAUCAUAGAGUACAAGCCCAACAUCGACCAGCUGGAGGGAGACCAUCAGCUCAUCCAGGAGGCCCUCAUCUUUGACAACAAAUACACCGCCUACACCAUGGAGCACCUGCGGGUGGGCUGGGAGCAGCUACUCACCACCAUCGCCCGCACCAUCAACGAGAUCGAGAACCAGAUCCUGACCCGCGACGCCAAGGGCAUCAGCCAGGAGCAGCUGCAUGAGUACCGCACUUCCUUCAACCACUUUGACAAGGACCACAGUGGGGCCCUGAUGGCUGAGGAGUUCAAGGCGUGCCUGAUCAGCCUGGGCUACGAUGUGGAGAAUAACAAAGCGAAGCGCACAGGGCAGAUGGACAUGGACAAUUACCGCGCUCUGCUCGUUGCGACUGGAAACAGCCUGGGCGAUGCCGAGUUUGCCCGCAUCAUGGGCAUAGUGGACCCCAACAACAGCGGCGCAGUCACCUUCCAGGCCUUCAUAGACUUCAUGUCCCGGGAGACCACAGACACCGAUACAGCCGACCAGGUCAUCGCCUCCUUCAAGAUCCUGGCUGCAGACAAGAACUUCAUCACGGCUGAGGAGCUGAGGCGUGAGCUGCCUCCAGACCAGGCAGAGUACUGCAUCGCCCGCAUGGCGCCCUACUCAGGCCCCGACGCGAAGCCCGGAGCCCUCGACUACAUGUCCUUCUCUACCGCCCUCUACGGGGAGAGUGACCUCUAGGAGCACACCACAGGGGGGAGGGAUGGGGACGGGAUGAGGUUUGGGGUGGAAGGGGGGUACAUAGAGGCUUGCCAGGCCCAAUGCAGAGCAGACACUCUCCACCCCUCUAGAUAUAGCCUGCAGUUACUGAGAGCAGUAGGAGGAGAUAAGAGGGGAGUGAGUCUGCAGCCAGUGGAUUGAUUGGCUCUGUAGAAGAGGGAGGGGCUGCAUGUGGAGAGUCCUGGGAAGUGAUUGGAGGACAGCUCUACUGCGCCCUCUAAGUUCUGGUCCUGCAGUGCCCCUGAGUGCAGGUUUUCAUCUCAAACUCGUUGGCUGUUACAAGCGGUUUAUGAGUGCAACUUUGUUCACAGAACUAGAAUAAAAUGCACAUCAUGUUAUGGGGUGAAAACAAGCAACCACAGGUGCGCUUCUGGGUCAGAACAGAAUGAGGACACUGCUCUGUAGUGCAAGUCCCAUCUUCACCCUCUGCCUUGGGGACGGGGUACAAGAUAUUCUGAUUCUUAUACCAUUUUUUUUGUUUAUUUUAUCUUGCUGGGGGGGGGUUGCGUAUUAGAACACAGAGAUAUAUGAAGGGGGGGGGGGGGGGCAGGGGGUUGAACAGUGAAUAAUGACAUGUACCCAUACCACAUUUUGCUGGAUAAUUGGAACUUGGAUUGCUAACCUCAAUUCUUUCCUUUUCCUGUUUGUUUGUUUCUUUUCUCCAGCAAAUGUGAGUAAUUGGGUUCAGUGCUGUACAUACUUAUUUUUCCAGUACGCAACACAGUCAGAAUACUCAUCGCAGGCUUGUAGGGCAAAACAAGUGGCAUUUUUAAAAGGAAAAACAACAAACGGCAAAGGAAAAAUAAAUAGCAGUUUCACACAUUGAGUACCGUAGAUAGGUUUGAGUUACUGUGACUCUCCAUUUGGGUAAAGGUUUAUUUUUGUUUUUCAAUGGUCAAAUAUGGAAUCCUGUCGGAUUGAAGAUAUGGUGACAAUUUAGUUGGAGGAAGUAUAUGUGAGGCCUUUAUAGCUUCUAUGUAAACAUCACAUGACACUUGACAUAAACAUGUUGGCAUUUAAGAAACUUUGCUUUCCUGAUAUAUCACUUUGACAUGGAGGCAUAUAAGAUGCUCUUGUUCACCCAAUCUAAUCAUUUAUUAUAGUUUCAACUGAAGAACAUAUGAAAUAAUAUCAGGUCAUGUAAAGCUUACAUGGACAAAGUGAAGACCCACCACUAUCCUCAGUUGAAUUGUUUCUAUAGGAACACCACUUUAGAGAGUUCCCCGAGGAAGUUGGAAACAAUGGGAGUACUAAAAAUGUGCCUGUUAGUGGCUACAGCCCUGUCUCUCACUCUUUCAUCCCUCCAUCUCCUUGUCUGUCUUCUCUCUGCAGCAGGACAGGCAGGGACCCAGUGUAAAGGAGGGCAAAGGGAGGGGGCCAGAGUCUUAAUAAACAUUCCAUUAUGUCUUAAAUAAAAGGAAAUGACUGACUACCAAUCUAUGCAAUCAUCUAUAUCCAAUAUCACAGAGUUCAGAGAGAUGGCAGGAAUUGAUUUGAAGAAAUUGACUAAAUUAAGUGCAAGACGUUUGUUUUAUUUCUUUACUAUUUGUAAAGGAGAGGGGUAGAGGAGCUUAGGGGGAUGCGAGCCAGAGGGACUGGAGAAAAAUAAGAAUUGGGCCAAAAGCUUGUACUUUUACAUGCCUGGUUGGAAAGCAUUGAACUUCGGGAAUUGUGAUUUCUUCAUUUCUGUGCUCUUUAAUAUCAAACCUUAUCUGCUGUACUGGAAACUGCAAAACGGCCUUCUGUCUAAAAGUGAAUUUCACAAGCACACAUAAAGUUUCCUUAUAAAAUA